UCAAACCGCUAUCUGUAACAAUCGGUCACACUGACAAACCGGAGAAAAUUUUAUUUCAGCAUUUUGUGCGAGACGCAUUUUACAUAUAUAUUUGUAAUAGUAUAGAUAGAACAUACGAGAACUUAAACGAAAUUUUUGAAAAAUGGCCGCGCCAAUGCAACAUGAAGAUUUGCUUAAGCUGAAAGGCUUCAUUGAUUUUGUCAAUACAAAUCCCACGGUGUUGAACAUGCCCCAAUUGCAAUUUGUCAAGGAUUUUGUUGAAAAGUUUGGUGGUAAGGUGCCCGAGGGAAAUUUCAAGAUGCCGGAAACUGGCAGUAAAUGUCCCUUUGGCGGUGAUGCCGGGGCCAAGGCAAAGCCAGCCGAGUCGGCAGCCGGACCCGAUGCAGAUGAUUCGGAUAAAAGCGAAGAGGUUGCAAGCGCUUCGGAGCCAGAGUCUGAUGUGGAAUUGGAUAUGGAAGGCGUAAUUGAAGCCGACAACGAACCGGCUCAGCCGAUGGGCGAUUCAAACAAAGAGCCCACUGAGGAGGAAAUGGAUCAGGCUGGCGAUCUGCGCGGCCAGGCAGCCGCCGCGUACAGCGAACAGAAAUUCGACGAAGCCAUCAGCUUCUAUACUAAAGCUAUUGAGCUGAACCCGGGGAAUGCGCUAUUCUAUGCUAAGCGCGGCCAAGCCUUCCUCAAGUUGAAGAAGCCGAAUGCAUGCAUACGCGACUGUGACAAGGCCUUGGAGCUAAACUGUGACUCGGCUGCGGCGUACAAGUUCCGUGGACGCGCUAAUCGUCUGCUCGGCAAGUUUGAGGAGGCAGCCAAGGAUUUGCGUCAGGCGUGCAAGCUUGAUUUUGACGAGGAGGCCGACGAGUGGCUGCGUGAAGUGACGCCCAAUGCCAAGAAGAUUGAACAGCAUCGCAUUAAGCAGGAGCGCAAGCAGGCUGAGCGCAAAAUCAAGGAUCGUCAACGUGCACAGCGCAAGGCUCGCAAGGAGCAGGCUAAACAAAGCUCUGCGGGUGGCUUUCCGGGUGCUGGUAGUUUUCCAGGUGCUGGUGGCUUUCCAGGUGCAGGCGGUUUUCCAGGCGCUGGCGCUUUCCCAGGUGCUGGCGGCGGCAUGCCCGCCGGCUUCGAUAUGGGCGAUUUGAUGUCGAAAAUGAAAGAUCCCGAAGUGGCGGCUGCCAUGCAAGAUAUAUUGGCCAAUCCGGCUAACAUUUCCAAAUACGUUUCGAACCCGAAGAUUUUCAAUUUGGUCAAGAACUUCUUCCCGGGCGGCUUCCCUGGCGGCGGUUUCCCAGGCGGCGAUCCAACCGCUGGCGAUGCUGACAGCGAUGACGCCCCCUUCUGCGAUGCGGAAGGCAAGGCCUCCAACAGCAGUGAGCCAAAGGCCAAAAAGGAGUCCUCAGACUUUGUAGAUGACGGACUCGAUUAAAUUAGUUGGAAACAACCUCAGCAGCAACAUAAUUAAUGAAAACAAAAUUACCAAAAAAAAAAAAGAAAAGGAAACACAUACACAUGAUUUAAAGCGAGACAACAACACAAAAGAUAGGAAAGGAGAAGAAGAAUAGAGUAUCUCUCCUUUACUCUUAUUAUAAAAUUAAGGUUCUUAAGCGUUGCUGCUGCAUAAAAUUCGUAACGUAUCUUUGCCAUAACAAAGAAUGCAAGCAAAAAGAAAUGUUUCCUUAUUAACAUAUAUAAAUUUAUCGAUGAUAUCUAGUUGAACUAAUGCUCGAUAAGAGAAAAAACGAAAAAAAAAACAAUGAAAGCUAAUAUAAAUGCACACACACACACACACAUACACAUACAAGCAUACACAUUAAAAGAUUAGCCUUAAUUCUAACCCAAUGCUGAAGAUGAAAUAUGCAUGUCUAUAUAUAUAUAUAUAAUAUAUGCAAACAGCAGCAAACACGAAAGCAAAAAUUAUAAAUUGUACUGAUCACAGGAUUUGAAUUAUAUUGUAAUAAGCGAAAGCAUUUAACAGCCAUCAAUCAUGCAUACAAACAGACACACACACACACACACACAAUUACACCUCACUUGCCAAAUUCCAAUCAAUAUUGAGAUGCGGCUCAGCAUGUCCUUAAACAAACAAUCACUCAUACAUUCAUGUUUCAUACACCCAAAAGGCAAGAAUAAAUGAAAAUAAAUUAAUGAGAAUUGGAA